AUGAACAGUCCUAUUAGCCCAGAUCAUAUGGAUUGGUCCGUCCAUUUUCCUGCCUACAUCGAUCCGAACCCCAAUAGCACGAAUGCUGUAGGUGCGCGGAAGUUAUUGAAGGACGUCGAAGUUGCAGAUAUAGGAUGCGGUUUUGGGGGCUUACUGGUUGCAUUGGCACCUGUGAUGCCGGAUACAUUGAUGGUUGGCAUGGAAAUACGUCUUCAAGUCCUCGACUACGUCCAAGCUCGGAUUCGGGCACUCCGGUCUCAGUCGUCUAAUUCCGAGGCACCCCAGGACACCUUUCCAUGCGAAGAGGACACUGAAUCCACGUCUAUACCACGUGGACCCCAUUCUAUUUCCACGGCUGCGUCGACCGCCUCGUACCAAAACAUAUCAGCUCUUCGGACGAAUACUAUGAAGUUCCUCCCCAACUUCUUCUCACAUCAUCAGCUUUCAUCUAUAUUCAUCUGCUUCCCAGACCCCCAUUUCAAGGCGAGGAAACAUAAAGCCCGCAUUGUAUCUACUUCACUUAACGCAGAAUAUGCAUAUGUGCUGAAACCAGGGGGAAAACUGUAUACUAUUACUGAUGUUGAGGACUUACAUCUGUGGAUGGUAAGUCAUUUCGACGGAACAGCGGACAACACGAUACGUGAUGAUAGGGCAGGAGUCAGCGAACUGUGGGAGAGAGUGAACGACGAGGAUCUUGAAAAGGAUGCGUGUGUACGGAUUAUGAGGGAGGAGACAGAAGAAGGGAAGAAAGUGACCCGAAAUGGGGGCCGAAAGUUCGUUGCGGUAUGGAGAAGAAAUGAAGACCCUCAGUGGACCGCUUAA